AGAGGCCGCGCCGCCUCCCCCACCCGAGGUCUGCGCGCUCCGCCGCAGGGCGCGGACCCUGGGCGCCCGCCUGGGUUUGGGGCGCAGGAGCGGGGGCUGAGCCAAGGCGGAGCCAAGGCGCCCCGCCCCCCCCGAAACGAAAGCGAAACAGGGGGCCAGGAAGGAAGGAAGGGCGGGUUCGAGGCGCCGCCCCCUGCCCUGCGCGGCCGCUGGACCGACGGGCGCGCCCAGGUAGGGGGGCGGCCGGGUGCGCGGUGCGGACCCUCGCGGCGACUUGCGAAGCCGCCUCCACCAUGUCUCAGGAAGGUGUGGAGCUGGAGAAGAGCGUCCGGCGCCUUCGGGAGAAGUUUCAUGGGAAGGUGUCCACCCGGAAGGCAGGGGCUUUGAUGAGGAAGUUUGGCAGCGACCACACUGGAGUGGGGCGCUCCAUCGUGUACGAGGUAAAGCAGAAAGAUGGACAGGAACUGAGUAAUGACCUGCCUGCCCAGGAUCCACCGGAGGACAUGAAGCAGGACCGGGACAUCCAGGCGGUGGCGACCUCCCUCCUGCCACUGACAAAAGCCAACCUGCGCAUGUUCCAACGCGCCCAGGAUGACCUGAUCCCUGCCGUGGACCGGCAGUUUGCCUGCCCCUCCUGUGACCAUGUUUGGUGGCGCUGUGUGCCCCAGCGGAAGGAGGUAUCCCGAUGCCGGAAAUGCCGGAAGCGCUACGAGCCGGUGCCGGGUGACAAGAUGUGGGGUCUGGCUGAGUUCCACUGCCCGAAGUGUCGGCACAACUUCCGGGGCUGGGCACAGAUGGGGUCCCCGUCCCCCUGCUACGGGUGCGGCUUCCCCGUGUAUCCGACACGGAUCCUCCCCCCGCGCUGGGACCGGGACACAGAGCGCCGCAGCACCCACACCCAUUCCUGCUCAGCUGCCGACUGCUACAACCGGCGAGAGCCUCACGUGCCUGGGACAUCCUGUGCACACCCCAAGAGCCGGAGGCAGAACCACCUGCCCAAAGUCCUCCACCCCAGCAGCCUCCACAUCAGCAGUGGCUCCACUGUGGCCACCUGUCUGAGCCAGGGGGGCCUCCUGGAAGACCUGGACAACCUCAUCCUGGAGGACCUGAAGGAGGAGGAGGAGGAGGAGGAGGAGGAGGAGGAAGAGGGCGGGCACGGGGCGUGACCCCUGCCAGGAGCAGAUGCAAACCAGACACGGUCUGUGGAUACUUUGUGUUCUUAUAAAAUAUGCGCUCAAACCAAGAUAUAAAUGCCCUUGGGGAGCUGUCUGGGUCUGAGGUAUUGGCAGGGGGAUGCUUGGGUCCCGUCUGCAGGGCCCUAGGGAGCAGAUCCAUAUGGGAGGGUUUUAGGGACAUUGCCAGCAGUCAGCCACAAAGAAGGUGUGGCCAGCACAACUUGGGCUCCUACUGACAAACACCCUGGGGGACAGACAGACAGAUGGUCACAGCCUCAGGGGCCGGAUCAGCAUGGCAGCCUUCUUGAGAGAGUACGCCCCACCACGGAACUCGGCCCAGUAGACGCCAUCCUGGUAGCGGCUGCGGUAGUGGCCACCACGGUGCCACACACCAUUGAGGUUGGAGUGGGCACAGGCGUGGUACCACCAGCCUCCCCGCUGGUACAGGGCACAGUUACCUGAAGGGCAAAGAGUCCAUGUCCUCUCACCAGAAUAAAAGCCUCUGCCAACAGCUCACUAGUGCAAGCUUUUGCCAGGCAUCCCCUGACCCUCCCCUCUCUUAACUGAAUGAAAGCCCUGAUCCUCUCCUCACCAGAACAGGAGCCCGGGCCCCCUACUUUCUUCAGAGUAAUAGCUUUCAUUCUGUUAUCUUACCAAAAUACAAGUCCUGCCUUUUCCAGCCUUUCUGUAAGCUAGAGGCUCUACCUCUCAUUUUAUCAGGGAAAAUAAAUCUCUACUUCCUUUCUAGAAAGAGUCCUAGCUCUCACCCCUGCCCUUUACCAGAAAGAAGUCCUGACUUUUUACUUCCGUAUCAGAGAAGGAAUCUGGGCUUCCCAACCCCUCACCAGAAUAAAAGUCCCAUCCCUGUUCUCUUUGCCAGAAUAGAAGCUUGCUUGCCCUGACCCUUA